CUCCCACAAGUUCUCAUACAUCAUGGCUUAUUCCCCACUGCGCCCUUGCAGCCAAGGAUAGCAGUGUCUCUUGAACUGCUGUCCUUUUAUCGAGCCCUAUUUGAACAUUCCUGUAACACCAUCAAUGCACUUGCAGCUGCAUUGAAAACUCAUUAUACUCGACGAGGAUUCCAAUUAACAGACUCGCAUGUAAGUCUAUGGUUCAGAUGCUUGUGA